AGUCGGUGGUGUUUGUGGAGCCCACUGACGGAGCUCUGACUCCACUGAUGGAUUGAAUGAGCGCUCAGUGUCGGCACUGCUACAACUUGAAUUAACAGUAAGAAAGUGCUGAGGGCAGACUAACCAGCACCGUGGUCCGUAAACACCAAAGAUACCGACCGUUCACACGAAGUUGAAAUUAGCGGCAGCGAUUUGUUGCCAUAAGCUAACACCUCGCCACGCUAGCUAACUAGUGGGUAAGAUUAGCCGGGGAGCUAAUGCUAGCUGGCAAGUCUAUUUUUAGUGGACGUGUGUGCCAUCAGUAGGAAAAUCGUCAGCCGAUUAGCAUUGACAACUUAAUCCGGGAGGGUUUUAUAUAUCUCAUGAUCUCGCAACGUUAGUUGUCUGUUUCAAAAUGUCCACCACUUCGUUGGAUAAGGAAUUACAGGAGAGACUGAGAGAGGCGUCUGCCAUCGGGGACAUCGACGAAGUGCGGACAUUGGUGGAGAGUGGAGUAAAUGUCAAUUCACAAAACGAGAUAAAUGGAUGGACAUGCCUGCACUGGGCAUGUAAGAGGAACCAUAAGCACAUCGUGUCCUAUUUACUCAGUUGUGGAGCAGACAAAGAAAUCCUCACAGCUAAGGAUGAGUUGGCAUCGCAACUCACGUCUAAACCAGAGAUCAAACGACUGUUAGGAGUUGAGGUAGAGGAAGUGCCUGAAGUCAAGGAACCUGAGCUGCCAAUCAUCCCAAACUACCUGUCCAAUCCACCCUUCUUUUACUCAAAGAUGGACAAAUCAGAGAUUGCCCUGGCCCAGCACCUUGCACAGAACGGUUCUGGAGAACAUGCUGAGGACACACACAGUGACUCAGCCCCUCUGUCCCCAACCCAUGAGCCUCAGAAAAUGCAGAAUCUAGUCUCUGAUGGUCCUGCGUCCACCCCAAACCCCAGCUCCCACAGCCAAGGCCAGACUGGGGAGUUUAUUCCUGUGAGUGAGCAGAACGGCGUGUCAGCGAGCCCACCUUCAUCCCAUAAUCAUGCCGUUGUUAACUGCACGGUGCCCAUGGACCUGUCAGUUGAGCCUCAUCUCAUCAACCAUGCUGACUACCCACAUGCUGUGGCACACAACGGUACCAUGUGCUCACCUCCACUGGCCUCUCCCAGCCCCAGCCUGGCCAGCAACAGUGGGAGCCAGGUCCAGGCCCCGGUGCCCGGCGCUAACCCGACUGUGAGCAGACAGCAGUCUAUCCCACAGCAGCUGAGCUACAGCCAGGCCAGUGGAUCCCUGCCAGCCUUCCAGCCCUUCUUCUUCACCAGUACCUUCCCUGUCAAUGUCCAAGAGCUGGUACUGAAGGUGCGUAUCCAGAACCCCAACGCGCGGGAGAAUGACUUUAUUGAAGUAGAACUGGACCGACAGGAGCUCACCUAUCGUUCACUUCUGAGGGUCUGCUGCCGUGAGUUGGACAUCAGUGCAGAGCAUGUAGAGAAGAUCCGCAAGCUGCCAAACACUAUGUUAAGAAAGGACAAAGACGUGGCCCGGCUGCAGGACUUUCAGGAGCUGGAGGUGGUGUUGGAGAAAGCAGAGGGUCUGUCCCUUUUCUCGGGGACGGGAGGCCUAACAGACAGACCGUGCUACAACAUGAAGGCUUCCCGUCUCACCUACUAGAGCUGCUACUGAGCCUGAGCUCUCCCUGCUUAUGACGGGCUUGUAGCUCCCCUCAAGCAACCAUAAAUAGUUGCCUGCCCAGGUCCCUUGUUAAAGCUUUGGUUUGGCUUUGGUGUUUUGCCAGUUUCCUAACUGGGAUUAGUUUUUUCAAGUUCUGUAGCUAUUGUCCUCCUCCUGUGUUCCUCUGGCCUUUCUGCCGCUUCAGUGUACCCAACCAGCUCCAAGCGAUUACUGAUGCAUGGUGUCCUCGAUUGUGUGCGAAAGUAUUUGGGCCCCUCUUUCCUCUCUAUCUCUUUCGCUCCUCCCACUGCACUUUGUGCCAAGGCUCCAGUGGGACGACACAGGGGGACACUGGCUGGUCUUCCUUAUGCACUGGACUUGAAUGGGGUUUUGCAAUAGCCUUAUACGGACACAUCCCUAUACUAGCUGUGGACUCCGGUCACAGACAAACACGGUCUAAGACAGAGAGCAGAGGACAACUCCAAGGAUUUACACACUGAUAUGUUCCUAAUGAGUCUACAGAACAGGACAAGUUGCAGCACAGUGGACGUGAGCACACAGCAACUUGGAUUUCUAGCAGAUUAACAUUCAGAGUGUCAUCAGAUAUUUUGCUGGCGUAUACACUUUCAUUCAUGCUGAAGGCAUAAACCUUAGUGUCUUUGCUGCAAAAGGCAUCCAUUACUGGCCUAAUUCUUAAGGUGGAGGUUUAGUUCUAUCAAGACUAAUAAUACUUUUAUUUGCAGACGACACUCGCGCUUUAAUCUAUAUCACACAAGAACACACGUUUGAGUCCGUAAUACUGAUUUCUCUGCAUAUUUAAGUCAUUCUGUCACACUGUGGAAAAUGAAGAACUAGGUUUGUUAGUGUCUUUUUCUGGAAAAAAAAAAAACAACAAAGAUCCAACUGUGCAGCAAA